AUGAAACUAGCAGUCUUCAGCGCGAAAUCGUACGAUCGCACUUACUUGGACAAGGUCCUCAGUGAGAGGUACCCCCAGCUGUGCUCUAUCGAAUAUCACGCCUUCGCCCUUUCUGAAGAGACAGUCCCAUUAGCGAAAGGAAGUGAUGCUGUGUGCGUCUUCGUAAACGAUAAAAUUGACGCUUGUGUAUUACGUGCCCUUCACGCAAGCGCAGUACGUGCGAUUCUUUUGCGCUGCGCAGGCUUCAAUCAUGUCGACCUGGUCACCGCCAAGAGCUUGAAUCUCUUCGUUGCAAAUGUGCCCGCCUACUCACCUGAAGCAGUGGCUGAAUUCGCAGUCGCUUUGAUACAGACCCUGAAUCGUAAGACUCAUCGUGCCUAUAAUCGAGUUCGAGAAGGAAAUUUCAAUAUUGAGGGUUUGCUGGGAAACACCUUGCAUGGCAAGACUGUUGGCAUAGUGGGGGUUGGAAGAAUUGGUCUUGCUGCCGCACGUAUAUUUCAUGGGUUCGGAUGUCGACUCUUAGCACACGAUCCAUUCGCUGGUGAGGAGUUUGCCCAGUUUGGUACACUAGUCGACCUGGACACUCUGCUCCAGGAGAGUCAUAUUGUGACUCUACACUGUCCACUAGUCGAGGGCACUCGGCACUUGAUCAAUGAAUCCACAUUGGCACGCAUGCGACCGGGUGCUAUGCUGGUGAACACCUCACGCGGGGGUUUGAUUGACAGUGCCGCUGUCAUUGAGGUUCUCAAAACAUGUCGUCUGGGUGGUCUGGCAUUAGAUGUUUACGAAGCUGAGGGGGAACUCUUCUAUAACGAUCACUCCGGCGAAAUCAUCGACGAUGAUGUGCUCAUGCGCUUAAUGAGCUUCCCCAACGUCUUGCUCAGUGGUCACCAGGGGUUUUUCACGCGAGAGGCUCUCACUGAGAUCGCAGAUGUGACGCUGGCCAAUCUCUCUGCCUUUGUGGACGAGCGUCCUUGCCCUAACUCCUUGAUCUCCGAGAGAGAUAUCGUCGUUCGCAGGGAGACAGCCCCAGUGCGCUUAUAA